CUGAACAGCCUAAGUAGCCAACAACAUUUACAAUGAAGUCUAUCGUGUGCUUAACUUUGCUCGUUGUCGUGACUCUGGCAAUAGCUCAACCUUUGGUCAAGGAGACAGUUGAUAUAAAGGAGGAUGUCGUUAGCCCAGCUGCGUUAGAGGAGGUGCAGCCUGCAGCACCCGUUACCCAUCAACGUUAUAAGCGUGCCACCUGCGAUCUGCUCAGCUUCUUGAAUGUGAACAAUUCAGCCUGCGCUGUUCACUGCUUAGCCAAGCGCUUCAAGGGCGGCUACUGCAAUAGCAAAGCUGUUUGCGUUUGUCGUCAUUGAAUCUAAAAAUAUUCAAU